UCAGUUACUAAAAGUAGUGAGGAAGACGUUACGUAAGCAUUGUAAACAGGAAGUAUUUUUGGAUAGUGGUGUCUGGAAUUUACGGGAGCGCUGUAUUUACAUUUUAAAGAGUUGCCAAGAGACUGAUCAUCAUCAUGGGCAAGAGUUGUAAAUUGGUGGUGUGUGGUCCGGCUGCCGUUGGCAAGACUGCUGUCCUGGAGCAACUGCUGUAUGCCAAUCAUAUUGCGGGCUCAGAGCCCAUGGAGACCCUGGAGGAUAUCUAUAUUGGCUCCAUAGAAACGGACCGUGGCACUCGAGAGCAAGUGCGCUUCUACGACACCCGGGGUCUUCGUGAUGGUCUGGAGUUCCCUCGCCACUACUUCUCCUUUGCGGGCGGUUUUGUCCUGGUCUACAGCAUCGACAGUAAGGAGUCCUUCAAACGGAUGGAGGCCCUCAAGAAAGACAUUGACCGCUACCGUGAUAAGAAAGAGAUGAACAUAGUGGUGCUGGGCAACAAGCUAGACAUGCAGGAGCAGAGGAGAGUGGACUCUGAAGUGGCCCAGUACUGGGCCAAGACAGAAAAGGUGCGUCUGUGGGAGGUGUCUGUGGCAGACCGGAGGACCCUCAUCGAGCCUUUUGUCUACCUGGCCAGCAAGAUGACCCAGCCCCAGAGAAAAUCAUCCUUCCCCCUCAGCCGCAAUAAGAACAAGGGGAGUGCCGCUGUCGAUAGUUGAGGGAUUAGGGGGGAUGGAAGGGGGGAGGGAGUGAGGAUUGAUGAAGAAUGGGAAAGAGUAGUAGGGGAAACGCAAUAGACUGAUUGUUAGCCUAUCACAAAUACAGACAAUUUUAUGUCUGCACAAAUGUACACCAAUGGUUUCAUGGAGAUUUUGACUGAUAUUUAGACUCAUAUUUGACCAUUUAGACUGAUCUUUGACAAGUAAAUGUUGUCAUCAAAAGUAACACAAAUGGAUAAUCAAGAGGGUUGUUUGUAUCAUGGAGGAUACAUAAGGGAUUAUAUUACUGUUAGUUAAUCAGGAGAUUUGUUACACUACUGGCAUGCCAUCUACUCAGAUGAAAUAUGGCAACUAUUUUAGCAUGGAUGAUCUGAAUUUUAUUUUAAGUUAGAGUACAUGAAACAAAUCCAUAUUUAUUUAUUUUUGAAUCCCCCCCCCUUUUUCCCCCCAAUUUCGUAGUAUCCAAUUAUUAGUAGUUACUAUCUUGUCUCAUCGCUACAACUCCCGUACGGGCUAGGGAGAGACGAAGGUCGAAAGUCAUGCGUCCUCCGAAACCCAACCAAGCCGCACUGCUUCUUAACACAGACAAGGAUAUCCCUACCGGCCAAACCAUCCCUAACCCGGACGACGCUAGGCCAAUUGUGCGUCGCCUCACGGACCUCCCAGUCGCGGCCGGCUGCGACAGAGCCUGGGCGCGAACCCAGAGUCUCUGGUGGCACAGCUAGCUCUGCGAUGCAGUGCCCUAGACCACUGCGCCACCUGGGAGGCCGCAAAUCCAUAUUUUGAAGAAUUAAAAAAUUAUUUUAGCGAUGUCAGAAAUGUUACUGCCUUUUGAGAUCGCUUUGAGUUUUAGAAUGACAUUAUUGUCUAAAGAUUUGAAUUGUGGCUGACAGACUAGUCUCUUGGUGAACAGGGUGUUUGAAGAGCUUCCUGCCUGCUGGACAGGCCCUGAAGAGCUCUUGACCACAGCCUAAGCUCGCUGAAUUAUCUGUACCUUAUCAGAAACUCCUUACUGUCCUUGAAAACCAUGGGGUAUUCUUGAUUUUUGCUACUGAGCUAUGUUGGUCAGACGAAAUGCAAAUGUAUUUCAUUUUCAAAUUAUUUAACUGACUGAAGCUAUUUAAUGCCAUGUCAGGGUCCAUAGUUAUUGUGCAACAUUUCAUGUGUGUGUCACUGAACAAGAAAGAUGCCUUGGCCUAGUUUGGAGUAGUUUUUUGCUUUGUUACUAUUCACAGAUCUUUAUAUUUGUGUUUUGUUUUGACAUUGUUCAUCUCUGUCUUUAUGUCUGUAUUAUUGAAGUGCAUAUUAUUUUCAUGAUACAUAUUGGGGCAUUUAUACUCUGAUGCAAUAUACAGCACAGUAUUUAUCUUUUAAAAUGUUCUGGAGACUGGAUAAUUGUUUGCAUGUCGUGUAAACAAAUACAAAGAUUCGCUCGGCAUCUAAGUUGACGCUGUUGUGUAUCUUUGAUUUGCAUGAUUUAUGAAGUAAUUAAACAUAAUACAAACA